AAAAAAAAAACAAAAAAAAGUAAAGUGUGCCCAUUUCCCCCACCAUCCCAUCCUUGUUCAGGACGGACCCUUCCGAAGGCUCACUGUUACGGAUAUUGACGGACGGACCCUGUAGACGUCCUUUCUAACCGUGUGUGGAUUGUCCAUCGGCUUUCGUCACUUGCAGACACAGAUAUGGGCUUGUUGUCGCUCGGUACUCCACUUCCUUGGGCGGAGGCACGAAAACACGCGGACCAUGUUAGAGAACACGGCAUUGUACAGUUUCUAAACAUUUGGAAUAGAAUAAAGAAGCGGAGAAAGGACCAUUUGCUCUGGGGUGAUGAAAUCGAGUAUAUUGUUGUAUAUUUUGAUGAUGAUAAGAAGCGAGUCAAGGUGUCUCUUCGCGCACACGAUGCGCUCGAAAAGUUACAAAAGAUUGAGACGGACGCGAUACUCAGGGGUGAUGUGCCCGAGAGCUCUUGGAAGCCAGAAUAUGGCCGAUACAUGUUAGAAGGCACUCCGGGACUUCCGUACGGUUAUACGCUGGAUGACGUGUUGGGCGUGGAGAAUAAUAUGAUGCGAAGACGAAAAUUGGCAACUUCCAUGCUUCGGCCAAAUGAAGCCGUUCUAACGAUGACAAACUUCCCACGCCUGGGCUCUUGCCACUUCACCGAGCCAGAUGCGGUCGCUACACCAGAUCGAGGAGCGAGCAUGAGUCUUUUCAUACCCGAAGAAGCCAUCAACCCUCAUGCGCGAUUCCCAACUCUUACCGCCAACAUUAGAUUGCGGCGUGGAUCAAAGGUUGCUAUCAAUAUGCCUAUACUUAAAGAUACAAACACUCCCUCCCCAUGGCUUGAGCCUGCCCCAGCAUGCCUUGCGAGCAGCUUGACGAAAUCCCUUCCCGAUGCUAUCGCGGCGGGAUGCUCCAACGGAACUGUGAAGGAGACGGUAGAGGUGGCAAAACAUCUGGACAAGGGCGCGCUUCCUCCAUUGCCGGAUCUUGUACCUGAUGCACUUCCAGAUCAUAUUUACAUGGAUGCAAUGUGCUUUGGGAUGGGAUGUUGCUGCCUUCAGGUCACGUUUCAGGCCUGCUCGGUGGAGGAGGCGAGACGGCUGUACGAUCAACUGGCCGUUGUGGCACCCAUUAUGAUGGCCAUCUCCGCUGGUGCACCGAUUUUCCGUGGGUAUCUGGCUGAUGUUGACUGCCGAUGGAACGUAAUUGCAGGCAGUGUUGAUGACCGGACAGUCGAAGAGCGUGGGCUGAAGCCAUUGAGCGAGUCCCGGUUCAAGAUCAGCAAAUCUCGCUACGACUCCAUCUCUUGCUACCUUUCUCCAGGACCUAAUUAUUCUGGAGGAUGCGUACUACCUGAAGAAGGGGCGCCAGCGGUGAAUGACGUAGCCGCCGGGCCAUCUAAGGGCAUGGAGUAUUACAAGGAAAAGUACAACGAUAUCAAUCCUCCAUACGAUAAAGAUAUAUACCAAAAGCUCGUUGCGGGUGGAGUGGAUGACCUUCUUGCCAAGCACUACGCCCAUCUCUUUAUUCGUGAUCCGCUGGUCAUUUUCCAGGAACUGUUGGAGCAAGAUGACCAACUGAGUUCGGAUCAUUUCGAAAACAUCCAGUCGACCAACUGGCAAACGAUGCGCUUUAAGCCACCCUCACCGACCACCCCAAAUAUUGGCUGGAGAGUGGAGUUCCGUAGUAUGGAAAUCCAGCUGACUGAUCGUGAAAACGCUGCAUUUGCGAUCUUUGUUGUGCUUCUUGUGAGAGCAAUCUUGAGUUUCGAUCUCAACUUGUACAUCCCUUUGAGCAAGGUCGACGAAAACAUGCGACGGGCCCACAACCGGGGAGCAGUGUUACGAGAAAAGUUUUGGUUCCGGCAAAACAUCAUUGGGGACAAGAACAGGAGACUUGCGGAUCUUGGAUGCAGAUGCAAUGGUGUGUCUAACCAAACGGUUGGCGAAGCCAUUUACGGAUCAGGAUAUGUUGACGGAGUUGCUGCGGGAGACGAAGACGAGGAUGCAUGCGUUGAGAUGACCAUUGAUGAGAUUAUCAAUGGAAAGCCAUCGGCUCAUUAUCUAGGACUCGUCCCUCUCGUGCGAAGAUACCUCGCAAUCCAUCAACCCGCCAUAAGUCAAACAACCCGCGAAAAACUCGACCUAUACAUCGACCUCGUCUCUCGCAAAGCCUCCGGAGACCUGAAGACAGGUGCAACGUGGAUACGCGAGUUUGUGACAAGUCAUCCAAGCUACAAAAAGGAUUCUGUAGUAAACGAGGACAUUACAUGGGACUUGUGCCAGGCGAUUAAUGGGUUGGCGGGGAAAGAGGUUAAAGGGUUAAAUUGUUAGGUGUAGUAGCCAGCAACUAGGGACGCUGUGAUUGGACUCGAGUGUGGGGCUUCGGUACCUGCUUCAUUUUAGAUAUAAAAUGGGAGGGCUGUAGCGUUAACGACUGGAAAAUUAGUAAGAUGUUGGUUGCAUUUUUUUUAGUAAGCUUUGGCUCAUUGUCUGCAAUGCGGGGGGCGGGGGGAGGUAACAGUGACAAUUGAAAACUAUAUAUUCAUACUAGACGAUGCAAAAGGGAAAUGUCUGCAUUCUCCAACAAUAGCUAGUGGCUGACGAG